GGAUAGUUAUGAAAUAUUACAACUGAGCACACAUCCUUAUUGCAUCCCGGACGCCGCACCGAUGUGUUAGAACCGUGCGAUUCACGAUCCGAUAGAUCAAGAAACUGCUCAAAGCACAAGUUCCUCAAAAGGAAAGGCUCAAACACCAUCACCCAGAUCCAUUUUCUGUUGCCGCAUUCGCACAGACAAAAGGGAAAAAUGAACGAUCAGUCUCUGAUGAUGGCAUCCGAGACAACCUAUGCCCCGUUGGUGAACCCGGUGGCAGUCGUGAGCCAGAGAUUUUGUACGCCUUACGUGGUUGAUCUCGUCGUUGCGAGGAAACUCGUCGCCGUCGCCGAAGGCGGGUUCUCGGUCACGGAUGUUAAUGGCAACGCCGUGUUCAGAGUCAAGGGUUCCUCCAGUAGCAUCCACGAACACCUCGUCUUGAAUGACGCCGCAAGCAAUGCGGUCGUUUCCCUCCAACAGAAGAUUUUGACUGCUCAUAGGAGAUGGCAAGCUUACAGAGGCGACAGCUCAGGCUCCGACGACUUGAUAUUCACGGCCAAGAAGUCGUCGAUAUUGCAAAUGCACGGGACAGAGAUAGAUGUGUUCCUAGCAGCCAACACCAAAGAAGGAACUUGCGACUUUAAGGUCAAAGGAAGCUGGUUGGAACGGUCGUGCACCAUAUAUGCUGGAAACAACACUACAGUCAUUGCUCAAAUGCAUAAGGAUCACAAGGCGCAAAGCGUUGUGCCCGGAAAGGACACGUUCGGCAUAACCGUGUACCCUAACGUAGAUUACGCUCUUAUCGUUGCUCUUGUGGCGAUCCUUGAAGAGACCAACGAAGACACCUUCGCGGCAAAGCACUCCUUUUCUUGUAUUCACACUUAG